AUGUCUGUGACUUCUCCAAGUUCUGCCAAAUACAGAUUGGGUAUUAGUGAGGCGAUAAACCAUCGUUUCAUGAAAACUGCUGAGGUAACUAUUUUUACAGAUGAACUUAAUCUACUAAUAGGUGGAGGAAUUCUGACCACCAUGGGCACGCCUCAAUUAGAAUCAUGCCAUUUCCGGUUGCCACGAGGUGGACGUUAUGCUGAAACAGGAGGCACUUCUUCUCUGCGAAUAGACAAUAGGCGUUCAGGUUUACCAAGACCUGGCGCAGACAGUAGCAGUGUCAGAGGAAGCCACUUUGAAUCUCGCAAAUGUCGGAUGUGCAAAAGGCAUGUGGCACCAUGUUCGAUGAAAGUAGCCAGGGACCCAAAGGUAAACAUCAGCAGAAUGCCUCCGGCUGCGUCUGCCUCAGCUUGGUGCGGUGUUGUAUUCUUGAGUUCGAAUGAGGCACAGCCAAGGCGAGGUCUCAAAUGGAGCCGUAUCAAGCACCCAAACAGCUGUAUUACUAACACUAUCGCCGCCUCCGUAGUUGUGGCCGUUGCAAGAAGACGCAUCUUUCGUUAA